AGAAGAUCAUUGAAAUCCUAUUGUUAUUGCUUUCACUACAAAAAUGAAAAGGAUAGAAGCUGGAGACUGGCCUAUAUUCCUACUAAUGUGAUCCCCAUUACUGAAAAUCUGUUCUACACUACGAUAUAUUGCUCUGAUGUUUUUACAACUAUCUUUUUUGAAGCAGAUAGUUCACAGUGCUCAUUCUAUCGAUACUGGGAAAGAAAAAAAAGAAAGUUUACACUCAAUUUUCAUUACGAAGAUGUAUCACGUCAGGAUCCGUUGCUCAAACCGAAUCACGCCAACGUUAUAGAAGUUCCUGGAUCGUGUAAAAUAAGAGUAGUACCAAAGGCAGCACCCUCUGAUUUCAUAAUAAAAAAUGGACAAUUGGCUAUGGAGAUUCCGUGCGGUCAGAAAUUAAUACAGACACAAAGGGCUUCGACAGGAAAGGAGUUUCGAUCCAAUCCAUUCUUGGGAAAAAAUCAAGACAAAAAAGGAUAUGUCAGUGACCUAGCACGGCAAAGCACUCUCCGAGGGCAUGGAAUGUCUCAUUUUUUGGUAAGAAUCUCCGCAGUAAUGUCUCUGUUAGAUUUUCCGGUCGAAAUACGGGAAAAGUCCAUUCAAUUCUUGAUGGAAAUGGAGUUUUGCAAAUUCUCCCCGGAACUAGAAGAUCAUUUCGAGAUCUUCGAACAUAUUCGAGGGUUCAAUGUCACUAUUGUAACUUCGGCCAACACACAAGAUGAGACUUUACCACCGUGGAGCGGCUUUUUUCAAAAAGAUGAGGGAGAAAGUCAGUAAGAUGUCGGAGAAGCAAAAUAUACGAGAUCACAAACGUAGAUUGCUCGCGGCUAAGUAUGAAUUGAGACGAAAGCUUUAUAAAUUUGUAAAGAUACCGAUCAAUCUAGUGAUAUGCGGGACAAACAACAUUAGAAGUUGUCCAAGUUGCCAAGAAAGAGUUCCUUUGCACUAGUAAGAAACCGAUGUAUUUCCACGGGUCACCCUUGUUCCGUAUAUCAGCUCUUUUCUUUCGAAUUUCUCGUCUCGUUUUUCGUGGAUUAGCAUCUCGAGGUCCUUUGAUGGGGCAUAAAGAAAUCGUCUUGGUAGCAUCAAACCAAUAGAACAAGGGUUAGAUCUGCAGCUGGUCUACAAGCAAGGUAAGUAGGUCCAUGCGACCGGCCCCGGAUGUACCCUUUAGCC